UAAAAGUAAAUGAAGAGAAAUUGGAAACGGGAGAUAUUUUUUAUUGUGAAGAAAAAUAUCAUUUCAUCUUUCACAUUUUCGAUGAAUUCAAAAAUCGGAUGAUUUAUCAAAGCAUUCAAUAAUUAAUUAUUGAAUAAAUCCUCGGAAUAUCCCCAUCCCCCAAAACGGAUAUAAUUAAUCCCCAUUUGCUGAAUCAAUGAAUAACAAUUCCCAAAAACAUUUGAAAUAAAUAAAUAAAACAGUGUAAAGUUGUGAAAAUGAACAAACAAUUGUGUAAAAUGCAAAAACGAAUUUUCCUGUCACGAAUUCCAUGAGAUUAUCCAAGAGAAUAAUCAUAAUUAUCUCCUGAUAAUAAAUAAACGAAUAAUUAUUAAACAAUUGACCAAGUGAGAGAAGAUCGAUUGAAUGUCGUGGAGUUGUUAAAAAAUGAUUUGGGGUGUGAAAUUGGUGAUUUUCGUGUUAUCAGUGGUGAUAGCCGUUGGUCAGUGUGAGCAGAGGUUCCUGGAGACUCCAGUGGGGUAUCAGGAGGUAUCCUCCGGUGAGGACGUGAUCCUGAGCUGUCGAGUGGAGAACAAAAGGGGCCAGUGCAUCUGGCAGAAAGAUGGAAAACCCAUCGGCAUUCACCCAGACAAAUACGAAUGGGCAACAAUAAGAAGUAAUAGCGUGAGUGAUGCUGAUUGCAGUCUCCUCAUCAAAAGGGCAUCCCUCGACUUCGAUGAUGGCUACUGGGAGUGUCAAGUCUCUCCUGGGGAUUUCACCCGACAGGAUGCCCUCACUUCUCUUCCAUCCCGGCUCCUGGUCAGAGUUAAACCUAGAAAACCAAGACUAGAACACGGAGGUGCAAUCCUUAUGGAAUCUCUUACUCUCAAGGAAGCACAGGAGGUCACCAUUUCCUGUGUCUCUCGUUAUGGAAAUCCACCAGCGAUUAUCAAAUGGUUCAUCGGGGGUGACGAGGUGGAACCACUGAGGGAGCAGACAAAUGCUACAGAAGUGGACAGUCCGAAGACCUGGGCAGCCCAUAGCCUCCUGAGGAUUCGGGGCCAGAGGGAAAAUCAUGGAAUGCCCAUCAGAUGUCUCAGCUUGCAUUCAUCGGGUCCACUGCCUGCUAUCGCCGAAUCCAGACUCGAUAUUCAUUAUUCCCCAGAGGUUCGCAUUGAGACGAGUCCACGAGUUUUGUCAUCGUCCCUGGAGGAUUCCUCGAGUUUCAUGAGCAUCAAGUGUCUCGCUGACGCAAAUCCACCAGCAACAGUCAGGUGGUACAAGGAUAUGGCGAAUUUAUCAAAAAGCAACAUCGUAGAGCCCAUUACAAAUAACUCAACUCUGAGCCCAGGGGCAAAUGCUAGCCUGAGUGGCUCCGAAGUGAGAUUUGAACCUGUGAAAAGGGAGGACGCAGGUUUAUACUCGUGCAGGGCAUUCAACAAUAUUGGAGAAAGCUCUCCAGCAAACUACAGACUCGAUGUUCAAUACAGCCCGAGACUGAAAAUAAAUGGGAAAUUAAAUGAAACUCGAAGUGAAGUCGAGGCAAUAGCACUUUUGGCAUCGGAAGUGGAGGCUUUCGAGUGUGACGAAUUCGAAGCAAAUCCUCCAGCACGUUACAGGUGGUUGCACGUGAGGGGAAGUCUUUCAGGGCCCGUCGAUAAUGGAAUCGAUCAUAAAUCGGGGACAAAUGAUGGGCGAGUCCUGAGGAUGAGGAACGUCGUGUGGUCAGACGAGGGGGAGUACCGGUGUGUUGCCUUCAACCUCAUCAACGGGGUGCGAAGGGAAAUGACGUCUGAGACACGAUUCCUCCUGCACAUUUCUGGUCCUCCUGAGAUCCAGACUACAGACUCCGAUAAAAUCACGGAGAAGGGGAUGUUCGAGUCCCUAGGAUGGGCUGGAGAGUCCUCUCAUCGGCUCGUGGUACGAUUUUGCUCCAGACCUCCACCAAAACUCGUUGCCUGGCAAUGGGGCAGCUCCCACAUACGCGCAGGUGAAAUAAUCGAGCCAAAGUACGAGGCUCUGCCCUUGGAGCCAAUUCUGGAGAAUUCCGAGGUGACAAAUUGCUACUGGGCUAAACUGGAGAUAAGAGAUCUCCAGAAAGAGGAUUCCAGGGUGUACACUCUUCUAGUGGAGAGUGAAAAGGGGAGAGACUCUAUAAGUCUAGGACUGACAGUGCGAGAUCCCACGGAAAUAAAAAUAAUAGCUAUUGCGUCUGGAGUUGGACUUCUCCUGGUCAUUGCGAUAAUUGCUCUGGUGAUUUAUCUGUUCCUGAGGGCCCGGCAUCGGCGUUACUGUAAAGAUCAGGAAGAUGAUGACGAAGAGGAAGGAAGCAUCGCUGCUGAUGCUUUCUAUGUAACUCCCAACUCCAUGAGUCGGUCCCAGAAGAGUCAGGUCUAUUCCAGGAAGCAUUCGGAUGGGGGAUUAGCUGUUAUGUACGAUUAUAAUCAGAUUGUCAAGCAGACGGGGACGAUAAGCCCUGAGGCCCUCAAGGUCAGGAGGGCACCUGUCGUCCUUCAAGCUCCCACUAUUGUCUGAAGAAUCAGAAAAAAUAUGGAAAAAAUAUUAUUAUUAUUCAAUGACUCCUUUGACGGAAAAGUGACUGAAUUUUUUAUUUUUUAAUUAUAUUAUAUAAUUAUUGUAAACAUUGGAAACAAUCGGUAGAAUUUUUGAAUAGAACUCUAAGAGAACAUCAAUUGUUACAAUAGAAAGAAAUUCAAUUUCUCAAAGACAAUGAAAGGGUUCUAUUCAUUAUUUUUAUUUUGGAGCUCAGGUGGAUUUACUUGAACUUUUUACACGAAUGAGGAAUUCAUUGUUUGUGUUUUGUUUAUAAUUAUUUAUUACAAUUGACAGAAUCAUGCUGGAGAGAGUGAGAGUGAACGAGCGUAUUCAUAUAUAAAAUUCAUGGUUGAUCUAU